AUGACAUCCCAAGAUCACAAGAUGGGCGUUGAGACCCUUGAUGCUGAGAAGCAGAACGCUGCUCAUGAGGAGUACUCUGCUGAAGUUCUUGAUAAGAAGGGUAAUGGUGAUUACUCUGGUGCCGUGGCGAAGAGUGAUCCUGAGGAGAUCAAACUCGUCAAGAAGCUCGAUAAAUGGAUCAUGCCCACGCUUUGGUUGAUGUACUGGCUCAACUACCUCGACCGCAACGCCAUCACCCUCGCCCGCCUAAACGGCUUCGAGGAAGAUCUCAACCUCCAAGGCUCCCAGUACAACACCUCCGUCUCAAUCCUCUUCGUCGGCUACGUCCUCGGCCAAAUCCCCAGCAACAUGAUAAUCACCCGCGUCAGACCAUCAUGGUACAUGGGCGGUUUCAUGAUGGCCUGGGCAGUCGUCAGUUCCCUCACUGCCGUAGCCCACAACUACACCGGCGCUCUCCUCACGCGCUUCUUCCUCGGUAUCGUGGAGGCUCCUUAUUACCCUGGUGCGCUGUACAUGCUGUCGACGUUUUAUACCAGGAAGGAAUUGGCGACGAGGAUUAGUAUUCUUUACUCUGGUAACGUGCUGGCUUCUGCUUUUGCGGGCUUGAUUGCUGCGGGUGUUUUUGAGGGUAUGGAUGGACUUGCGGGGAUCAAGGGCUGGCGAUGGUUGUUUAUUCUUCAGGGUGCGGUUACGUUUGUUGUGGCUAUCGUGGCGUGCUUUACUCUUCCUGAUGAACCGUUGACGACGAGAUGGCUCACGCCUGAGCAGCGACAACUUGCGCAUGACCGUGUUUUGAGAGAUACAGUCGGACAGAAGGGCGAUGGAAAUCCAUGGAGUGGUCUACGUGAAGCCAUCGUCGACCCAAAAGUCUGGGUCUUUAUCGUUCUUCAGCAUCUUCACCUUGCGACCAACGGCUUCAAGAACUUCUUCCCUACUAUUGUCAACACUCUUGGUUUCAACACCACCAUUACUCUCGUCCUCACAUGUCCUCCUUUCUUGAUCGCGGGUGCUCUCUCUAUUCUUUGGGCAAAGUCAUCUGGUCACUUCAACGAGAGUACCUGGCACAUUACCAUCUCCAAGAUUGUCGCUACAUUUGGCUUCGUCUUGGCUUGUGCUACCAUGAACGUUGGAGCGAGAUACUUUGCCAUGUGUGUCUUCACUAUUGGUACUUAUGGUGUCAAUUCAAUUCUUCUGGCUUGGGUGGGAAACACUUGUGGACAGACGAGGGAGAAGAAGGCCUCUGCUCUGGCUCUCGCCAACGUCAGUGCGACACUCAGUCUGAUCUGGACUCCCUAUCUCUGGCCCAAAUCUGACGCACCGCGGAGUUUGGCUUAUGAGGUGGAUGCUGGUCAGACAGAACAGGAAGAUCAGGCAGACCGAUUCCGAGGCUACGUUGUUUUAUGCUUAUUAGAUGUGCUAAUAGUCAACUGGACCUUGUGUGCCCUGCUAAAAGUUACGCAGGUUCUCAAACAAACCGUAACGUUUCUUCUUUCCAAGCAACCAUUUCUCAGCAUGGCUUCCGGUUGCAACCAGAACAGCAACGCUACACCACAUUACUUGCAAAUCUUCAAUCCUCCUCUUGAACCAUGUGGUGACUUUCACCUGUUUGCACGCUUUCCUGAUGAUAUUCGCUGGCUUGUUUGGCAACAUUACCUCAGUCACGAGCGAUGGAUCGAUAUUACCUUGAGAUCGCGCAGUUUCACCAGCGAAGGAAAGGAGCAAGCAGGUCACCAGAACUACGAGAUCAUAUUGGACCACCAUUGGAAGAUUAGCAAGCUGUUCCGAACCACUUCUGACUCACGGAAGGCUGCUUUGGCCUUUUACCGUGUUCAACUACCAUGCUGGUACAAGAGGAAAGAUGAGAGCAUGGUGAACAGCACGCUCUAUGUUUGCCCUGAAUUGGAUACAUUGAUGCUUAACGCACUGAGGGCUUUUGAGAACUUUGCACAUGACGUUUGGACUCAUGACUCUCGUCACGUCGGGCUGGUCAACCUCGCAUUGAGAGUCGGACAUCCAAGGCACUUUAUGAGUAAACCGAUUAUACAAAAUAACGACGUUUCUGUCUUGAGACAAUGCUUGUCCAGAGUUGAACGGCUGGCCAUGAUGAGCCAGAGAGGUACUAGAAAGAUAUGGCCCGAUCUACCUUCAGAACCGAACGACACCUGGCGCUCAAAUCAAGCGAUUCCCAUAAGGAGUGGCAUUCAGAGCUUCAACCGACUACCAUAUGACCCUCGAUUGCGCGAUGAACAUCUCAAGCGAGUGUUCCGUGGCGACUGGAAUCCUCGUCAUUCAUUCAACCACUGGUUCAAACUCCUCUCAAACCUGCAGGUACAACACAAGCAUAAGGUCAUCUAUCAGUUUGGUAGUCGUCGUGGAGCAUGGAUCACUUACCGGGACAAGAACUUCCCUCCCAUAUCUGACCGCGAAACCGCUGCUGAAUGGGUUCGGCGUGACUUUGACGAGCUCCGAAAAUGGUCUGAGAGCUUCCAUCAAUCGCCAGAAGAACUAGGAGGUCAGAUAGACGAUGAGCUUGCCAGACUUUUCGAGCCAUCACCCCGGCCGGCCGUUGGAUUCUGGUUGUUCCCUAUGGAGAGUGUCUUUACUCUAGAUGAAAUUGACCUCCAUGAUACAAGACAAGGACAAUUCGCCACGGCCCAACAGGCCGCCAAUGCACGUAGCAACAGCGACGAAGUGUGCAUGGAUGAGUACGGCACCGGCUCCGGGACCGAUGUUCUCUACACGGUUGGCCUAGCUACUUGCGUUAGAGUCGCAAUUACUGGGUCAUACCCUACUGGGUCCCGCGGCGGCAAUGAUCGCUUCCUCGCACACAUCUCCGAGGCCGAACCUCACGCAGCCCUUCAGGGGCUCAUCAACAGCGUCAACGAAGCGAAGCGUAACGGGAUGAAAGUCGACAAGGCAAGAGUUGUGGUGGGGGACUACUCCCUUAACCCUGGCUUCCCCAAGCACGCCAAAGAGCAGGCCAACGAUGAAGAUCAGGAUGAAUUCACGGCCAAAGUCGGUGGAAGCAUCCUUGCGUUGGUCGGUGGAAGUGGCAGCAAGAAGCUUAAACGCAAAACUCAUGCCGAAGAAAAGGCCUACGAAUUGCGAAUUGACGCCCAAAAGCGAAUCCAGUUCAAGUGGGAAGAAGGGGCCGCUUAUGAGAACUCCGACUCGGAGGAGGAUUGA